UGAAGCCUGUGGUGGUAAAAAUUGUCAUGUGUCAUCAGCAUCAGUGAUAAAAUUUACAUCUGUGUAACUGGUGGUGGAAACUGGAGGUAAAUUAGAAGAAAAAAAAAAGGAAGUAGGUAGCAAGUAGAGGGUGAAAAGUGCCUGGGUUUGAGAUUAACUACAAAACGCAUCGUGAUUGGUCAGCUGUUCAAAAUGUUGGUUAUUGCGGGCGAUGCCAUGCCGAUGUUGUGACGUUAAAGAUUUUAAUCGCUUGCAUACACUAGUAAUAAACGUAUUAUUCAGUUGGUUUUUAUUUUAUUUAACAGACCUGGGGGUGAACAUUUAACACCAAGGAUGAGUUCGAUAUCGAAUGUCGAGAAUUUUUCACCACAAAUUAUACGGAGGGUAGCCAAAGAAAUGACAGAACUGGUCAGCCAUCCUCCUGAGGGCAUUCGGGUUAUCAUUAAUGAUGAAGAUGUCACUGACAUUCAGGCUGUCAUCGAGGGACCUGCUGGUACUCCUUAUGCGGACGGUCAUUUCAGAGUUAAACUUGCUCUAGGCAAGGACUUCCCUCAAGGUCCUCCUAAAGCUUUCUUCCUUACCAAAAUCUUCCAUCCAAAUGUUGCGAAAAAUGGAGAAAUUUGUGUCAACACCUUGAAGAAAGAUUGGAAGUCUGAUCUUGGAAUAAAACAUAUAUUAUUAACUGUCAAGUGCCUACUCAUCGUACCUAAUGCCGAAUCUGCCUUGAAUGAAGAGGCAGGGAAAAUGCUUCUUGAGAAAUACGAUGAUUAUUCCGAAAGAGCUAAAAUGAUGACCGAAAUUCAUGCUCAAGGAGGUGGAAAAGGCAGUAAAGUUGGUCUCGAGAGCUGUACCUCCUCUGAAAUUGGCGGACCUCUUCCUAAAAAACACGCAAGUGACAAAAAAAUAACCGCUGAGAAAAAGAAAAUGUUGAGAGAUAAGAAGAGAACGCUCAAGCGAUUAUAAAUAAGUUAUUAAUAUUUAAUCUAAUCCUUAUCGAUCCUGUCCUUUAUAAAAAAAACAAAAAAAAAUUCUUCGGUGUGGUUUCAAAUGUCUAAUACCCAAUAACUUUAUAGAGAAAACCUUAACAUUUAAAUUUAAAAAAAAAUUGUUUUUUCUUUCAUGACUGAUAAUUAUCAUUAAGUAUUUAGACUUUACGAUCAACUAAUAUUUUGCUUAUUAAUUUCUUCUCAAGUAAUUUUAAAAUAUCAUUACAUUAAAUUAUCAUUUUUUUCACCAGAUUUAUUUUAAAUUGCAUAAAUUAAAUCGUAGCCCUUCAUUAUGUUCACGUAGAAAAUAUUUUUACAAACAUGUACAAAAUAAUAAUAAUA